UCUCUGGUGCCAAGGGGAGCAAAGGUAGAGAAGAGCGGGUUCAGUGCUACAGGAAUCCGGAUAUGAUGAAAGUGUUUCAGACGCAACUACCCCUCAGCAAAAUACCACCGCUGAAUGGUGAAAGCGUCGCGAGGACUAUUAUUCGUAUUUUUAUACGCCAGUAACCUCUGGAAUAAGUAAGACUGGGUCACACUGGCAACUAAAGUUACCUUGAAGUUUUUGGAUAAGAACUUAUUCUUUCACGUAGUUUUUCUUCUUCUUUCGUCUCGGGUUAAGAGUUGGAGGAAUGAAGGAUGGGGAUAAAUCAGAUUUGAAGCAAGGGAGUUGUCAUGUUUGAAAGCGCUGAGGGCUGAGGAAAGGGAGGACCUUCUGCUGUGUGUCCCGAAAAGACGACUGUCUCAUGUCCACGGAUACCGAUCUCCCUCCGGAAGGGCCGACAGGGCCAGGACAGGGCCCUCACCAAGAGAGAAGUCCCCUUUUGUCACCCUCAGAAGAUACUUGUGGCAGCGAAUCAUCCGGAAGAGCACCGUCUCCCAGGGAACCAGCCACUGAAGGACACAGUCACGUGACCGAGGGGAAGCCUAAUUAUUGCAAGCCUGUAAGAACUCAACCUCAGACUGUGCCUCAGUUAGUGCCCUCGGAGCCUGCCACCGGAGAUCCUGCCAAGGGCCAAAAUGACUUUCACCAAAACUGCACUGGCACACCCACACUGAGUAAUGGCAGCGGCAUCCACCCUGGCAUCAGUAGGGCUGGGUCCAUGCGCACAUGCUCCUGCGGUGCCAACAUCAGCACGGGUGCCAUGGGUGGGUCAGACCCUGGCGCCAGAGGAACAGCAACAACGACAGAACAGCCCAGGAAGCAGCCGUCCACGCCUGUAUCACAGAGGAUGCAGAGGAAAUUGAAAUCCAGCUUAUCAGUCAACAGUGAUGGCAGCAGACGCAGCAAAAUCAGUUCCUCUGGAUCGCAGAAGCCUCCUUUACCCGAGGACUGCUGUGUCCACUGCAUCUUGGCCUGUCUGUUCUGUGAGUUCCUGACACUUUGCAACAUGGUGGUGGCACAGGCCUCAUGCGGCGUGUGCACAUCGGAGGCCUGCUGCUGCUGCUGCUGCACCGAUGACCUGGGUGAUGACUGCAACUGCCCUUGUGACAUGGACUGUGGCAUCAUGGAUGCAUGUUGCGAAUCCUCGGAUUGCCUAGAAAUCUGCAUGGAGUGCUGUGGCAUCUGCUUCCCCACAUAGGGAGAACUUUACAGGUGUGGUCCAGGGUGUGUCUGUGGGGGAUAACUGGAUUGUGGAAGAAAAUAUAGAAAAACUGCUACCGUUGUCACUCACAUUUCAGCAACAGACAAAGGGGAACAAGUGUUUGUGUGUGUGUGUGUGUGUGUGUGUGUGUGUGUGUGAUGUUCAGCAUAUGCAUUUGUGGAUGUCCUGUUUUUGUUGUGUGAUAACAGUUGAGUGUGUGUGUGUGUGUGUGUGUGUGUGUGUGUGUGGAGUAGUAUGGUGUGGUUGAGUGAAGCAUGAUUUGAAAUACAUAUUUUGAUACUGGGCUUUUUCAUGAAAGCCAGCUCAGCUGGGGUUAGAAGUAACUCCAGAUAUACAGUAUGAACAUUAAAUCUGCAGUGUAUAUCAAGUUGUUUCUGUUAGGUAUAUUCUAUAAUUUCCAAAAAGUAUUAUCAUAGACUUAAAAGAUUAUAUUAUUGAUUCAGGAAGUCUAACUUUUAUCUUGCCCGUUUCAUCACUUUGAUGACCAACAUGUUGCUUACACUGCUUGCUACACUAAACAAAAUAACAUUUAUUCUAUUUUUCAUUUUCAAAACUUGUUUUUUAUGAAACUGAGGUUGCAGUCUUAGUGCUGUAUGACACUGUAAAAAGUUUGUGACACUUAAUAUGUUCUUAGCUGCUUACUGUAUCCUUGUAGCACAGACUUUCUACACAUAAUCUACUGUAGCGAUAGAACAGUUGAAGCUGGUGAAAUAUCAAAAGUGAAUCAGGAUGUUUUAUCAUCUACUUUCUGACACUUAAGGUAAAGUUGUAGGGACAAAAUGUUUUCAUUUUUUGUCAUUUUUUUUUAAAAUUGAUGCCUUAUUAUUUCAGGAAAAAAAACUGCACACUUUCUGAUGAGCUCAGAGUCUUUUGCUAAAUCUUACAAAGUACUGGAAUGUCUGAAAACAUUUUGAUCCUGAAGAACCUCACCUCAUACCUCCAGAUUUGGCACUAGUUGAAGCGUUAGCUUUACUGGAAAUACUGUGCAGAUUCUGAGAUUUUUAAAUAUAAAAGGUUCUGACCAGCUCACUGUUUGUUUGUUUUUUUUCUUAUAACAUUACGAUAAAUAGUAUGUACAGUUUGUCCAUUUUCCAUAAGAGUCUUCCUCUAAUGUUUAUUAUGACCAAUUGAACUGCACUCUGUUAAUGAGGGAUGUGCUAAGGAAUUAAAAACUGGUUGCCACAUAAGCAGUUUUUGGGUAUCCAGCUCAGUGACUAACAAUAUGGAAAAAAGGAAUCAUGAGCUGUCAUGUUGAAAUGGUAAACUAAUGCAGGGUAAAGACAGUUUUUCUUUUUUUCUUAAUUAAUUCUGUACAUCUUGAGAUGAGGAUUGUGGUGAAUCACUAGUAGAGUCAUUUUCUUGCCUUGGAGACCCACUUUGAUGUUUUUAAGUGGAAAUACUUAAUGCUGGCCCUCAUUAGCUCUGCUUGCUAAAUGGUAACAAAACAAAGCCCCUUCCUAAUGCCAACAAAGAUGACGUGCUGUUGUGUACAGCUUAUCUUAAUGGUGCGCUGUCAUCAUGUAUAUUAAGGCUGGAUGUGUACCUCUGCAACAGAUGGAGCAGAAAGUAAACCUCAUUUUCAUGUUUAUGAUGAACUCAAGCCACAGGUUUUUCAUGGACCAAAAAGUGCCAAGAGAACACUAUAAUGUGAAGUAUGUAUACAGAAGAAAAGAUAUACAUGUAGUAGUUCAAAAGUGUUUAUUUUGCACCUUUUCAUCUUGAUGCGGACCUUGACUUGGAGUUCACAACUCAUUUUAUUAGGUUUGUAUAUUGUCUUCAGUCUCAAGGAGAACUGUUUUUUUUUUUUAAAUAAAACAUG